AUGGCCUCGUCCUCCUUUCGCGACAGCAUGAACAGCCUGGGCUGGGCACGCCGCGACCAAGCUACCACCGCCAACACCAACAAGCAGACUCCGCUGCUCGGCUCUCUUCAAAAGUUUAAUCCUUUCAGCAGCGAGGGCAAUGUCAGGCUCCCGACCAUAGAAGGCGAGGCACCCGGCGCUCCACUGCCUGCCCGGACCAGGAGGGAAGAGGAAGAAGGGUGGUUUGCGCGUAAGUAGCCCGUCGGCCUCCGCGACUCUCUUGCCUUGCCUGCACAGACACGCCCACACACACACAACACCACACGGCACCAUCUAUUCCUGCUCAUCCUGCUCGUGCACGACGUCUGAAUCCGAAGCAUUAUGUGCGCCGCUUCGUGUCGCGGUACAGGGUCUGCUACCCUGUUUCCGGACCAUGUUCGCAUCAUGCAUAUCCCAAAGGCAGAGGGCGUGGGGGCGCAUGAGCAUUGUCUCUGCCACAAAGAGAGCCGCAGCCUGCAGCCUGAAUCGGAACGUUCAGGUCUCGGCCUACGCUCGGCUCGCGGCCGACCUACCUUGCGACCUACGCCUCUGCCGGGCCAUGCAAGCGCCGAGCGCUGCAAAGCAUUGCAUUUUGCAUCGAGCCGGCACCGCACCUGUCACCGUGACUAUGUGGAGUUCCUGCGUAUUGCUCCGGCGUGCAUGAGACUCGCAGCUCUCGACCUUAGCUCUCCCUCCUCCCAGUCAUCCUUCCACGCCUCGUACAGCCCUCCCGGAUCAUCCAAGCCGAGACAUUGCUAACGCGGGCUUCGCAGUAAGUCGAUGGGACCGUUUGCUCGUCUUUGGUGGCCUUCAGCUGGCCGCCAUCGCCUUGUUCAUCGUUUGCUUCACCCUUCUGCCUAUUCUCAGCCUGCGGCCGCGCAAGUUCGCAAUACUGUACGUAUCCUUUCCGCUUUGGUCUCUGAUUCCUUGAUUUCAAAUACACUUCCCUGUCCACCUGAGAAAGAGUCGAGCUAGGCAGCAUUCGCUGCUGCGAGAGGGUGUGCUGCUCGUUCGCAUUGCGCGCUACACCCAAGCAUUCACUCGCACUCAUAUCGUCUCUCUGACGCGUCGAAUCACCACUUCGCAUCGCAGCCACGCGACGACCAGUGCAGUGCUCUGGAUGCUAGGGCCACUUAUGCAGUGGAAGCGCCCGUAUGACCACAAGCUUAGUGCGUUCCGGGGUACUUGCAGCACUCGCGUAGUGCGACGAUGCGGCCUGCAGGCGCCCGCUGCAACGAGCAAAGACCUCGUGUCGAUCUCAUGCACUUCUUUCAUCCACCCACACACAUUCACCGUCCUACCCUGGCUCUCCCUUCACUGUCUCGCUGCUCGAGCGCUCAACAAUCCACUCUGCGGGAAGACUUGCGCCGCCAACAUGAGCGCUCUCACUGCGACUUGCACCGCUCAACCAAAGAGAAAUUGCGCUAAUCCCUGGUCAGAUGGUCGAUGGCUUCCGCGCUCUUCUUGGGCUCGUGGGCAGUCAUGAUGGGUCCACUGACAUACGGUAAGCAGCCUCGAGCUUGUUGCUCCUUUACCACACAUCUGCUGGCCUGCACCCGGUUGCGUCCGUCAAUCAGAGCGCUUCCUCCGAGCAUGCCAGCUUCAAACCUGCUCUGCCCUCGCGAAGCUGCAGCCGAGUCUACACGGGUCUUUCCAAGUGUGGACACCAUGCUGAUCUUACGCAACAGUGCGCCAUCUGAUCUCUCAAGAGCGGCUGCCCUUCACAGCCACAUACUUCGGAAGUAUUGCGCUGACGCUGUACUUUGCGGUCGGGGUAAGUCCCACGUUCAAUACCUCCACCACGACACAAGAACUCCACCACCAAUAGCGAUGGCUUCCUCCUUGGUCGCUUGCCUGUGUGUUGACGGAGCCGCCGCCACACCACCACACCACCACAAUAUCCUCCACAAUAUCUUUCUUUAGACGCGAUGUCGAUCAUGCGGGUGCAGCAAGGUCGCACUCUUGUCCUAAAUGCCCUUCUCACACACUCUCCUGCACCCACACCUCCUGGCCAAACGCUCAGCCAAACACCUGCCACCGCCCGCCCUGCUCUCCUCAGUCAAGCAGCACUUGCCUUGCCCUAUCUCCCUUUACCCCCUCAUGACCUCUACAUUAUCAGUUAUUUGUAUCCGCACUUAGCGCCCUGACGUCGUCCUGCACUUGGAGGACCGAAGAAUGAGAGGCAGCGCGAUCUUUACCACUUGCUCGCGCACAUGUUUCAGGCUUGCUGACGAUGUUGAUCUCCGCAGUUACGAAGCACCAUUCUCACUCUGCUCUCCUCGAUAGUGCAGAUUGUGGCGCUGGUGUGGUACCUGGUCAGUUACUUCCCGAUGGGACCACAGGGCUUGAGGUUUGCGGCGAAUUUUGGAGGAAACAGGAUUGCGGCUUGGAUGAGGGACUAG